AUGUGCAUGUUUUUCCUGGUAUUUUCAUUCCUACAGACGGUUUUGUUACAGAACGUUCACAACCCAGGCAGCGGUUUCACACAUGGGUAUGUCCCGGACGGGCUAUACGAUGUGAACGGAAAUAUGGGCGGUGCCUACUACAACCACAAGGGUUUGGGCACACAUGCCGGCGACAUUGGUAUGAACGGCAUUCUCUUCACGGCAGACGCAUUGCAUCACGGCGGAGAAGGCGAAAUUUUUGUGUCCGGGUCUGCUGCUGACCAGGAAAAUCUUAUCGGAAUGGGCUUGGACCAGCUGCACCAGAAAAUGGCAAGUGAUGUGGCGGCAAUGCACGAUGCAAACAUAAAGUCAAAGGAGAAACAGAUGGAAAUCGCGAUGCUUGAGUCACAGAUCGCGCAGGAAAUGGCGGAAGCAAAGCAAGAAGAAAUAUCACGCCUCAAAUACUUGGACGAUGUCGCUGAAAUCAACGAGCACAAGGCGCCCGAGGUGCUUGGGAAGCAGGUAAUUCCCGUGGCAACGUUCACAGAGGAGACAAUGCCUCUUCGACAUCAUGUGCGGUACUUGAUCGGCAUGAUCGGAUCCAUGCAGGCAACAGAAAACGCUAACAUAGAGGCGCAGCGCAAAAUUGCAAGACUAGACGACAUUUCAGGGCAGUUCAAAUCAUACAACUCUGUUCUGAGCGAUCCCCAACGGUAUAAAGCCUUCCAGAAGGCGGCUGGACUCGACGGAUACUUUCCGAUCGAUUUUCCCGUUACAACCAUUAAUGGCGAUUUUUAUGUUUCUCAUAGCGGACACGAAAUCUUUGACCACGACCAGGAUAUGAAUUCGCCACCUGCGCCUGACGGUCACACGCACUUUUCCAAUCAUGGACUUGAAGCCAAUCCGGUUCCCGUAGCUCCGGCUUCUGUCUCUCAGAUACCACCGUCGGCCACGCCAAAGUCACUGCCGGUUCAACGUUCUUCACCACAAGUACCGCCAGCUCAUCCUGCAGCACCGUUUUCCCCUCCACCCGCUCCACCAAUAUCGACGCCCCAUCCACUGGCGCCUCCUCACCCACUAGCGCCUCCUCAUCCACUAGCGCCUCCUCAUCCACUAGCGCCUCCUCAUCCACUAGCGCCUCCUCACCCACUGGCGCCCCCUCAUCCACUGGCGCCCCCUCACCCACUGGCGCCUCAUCUACCACCAAUACUACCGAUUCUUCCCAACCAGGCGGUACACCCCAAUUCUCUCCCCCACCCCAGCCCAUCUCCCUUCAGCACUCCGUUGCCCACGGCAUUGCCACCAUCAUCUCCGCUUGAUCUAAUCAAUAAGCAACAGGAAGAAGGCAAGAGACUUGCAGCAAUGAAAGCCAAUUUUGUAAGAAAUCUUUCCAGGUCCGUGUUGCCAAAUGGCAUUUUUGUAUGAAAAGUAUGUAUGG